AUGGGGGGUGGCGCGCAAUCGCAAUGGGGGACUGCCAAAGUCAUUGCUCCUCUUAUCAUCGGCUUCAUGUGCCUCCCCGCCUUUGUCCUCUGGGAACGCAGAGCACCUCAUCCAAUGCUCCCGUUCCAUCUACUGAAGGAUCGUGCGGUUUGGGGUGCUUUAGGUAUUGCUUGCACAUUGAACUUUGCAUGGACCAUGCAAGGCGACUUCCUGUACACUGUACUAGUCGUCGCAUUUGAUGAAUCAGUAAAGAGCGCAACUCGCAUCAGCUCUUUGUACAGUUUCUCCUCGGUAAUCACCGGAUUGAUCCUUGGUGGUGUUGUAUUCAAGGUCCGCCGCUUGAAACCUUUCAUCGUCGCCGGAACUUGUCUUUUCGUGGUAGCUUUUGGUCUUCUGAUUUACUACCGUGGCGGCUCUGGCGAUUCGUUGCAUUCCGGCAUCAUCGGAGCGCAGAUAUGCUUGGGCAUUGCAGGAGGCAUGUUUCCAUAUCCUGCACAAGCCAGUAUCCAAGCUGCUACAAAACACGAGCACGUCGCAAUCGUAACGGGCAUUUAUCUCGCUACCUACAACAUUGGCAGCGCGCUUGGUAAUACAGUCUCAGGUGCUAUGUGGCAGCAGAUCAUCCCAAAUGAGUUGGCCCGUCGCAUUGGCGAUCCCUCGCUCGCAGCCGUCGCGUAUGGUGAUCCGUUUGCAUUUGCAACUCUAUACCCAGUGCAAACCCCAGAGCGUAUCGCUGUGAUACAGGCAUACAGACACGUGCAAAAAUUACUCUGCAUCACGGGUAUAUGUCUUGCAGUACUUCUUGUCGCUUUCUCGCUGGUCAUCCGGAACCCGGAGUUGGGCAAGGACCAGAGCCUGAAGCAUGCCGAGGAGGAUGCAGAAGUCAAUUGCUCGGAUAGUAGGUCCUAG